UUUUUUUAACUAAUGAAACUCUAACCUAAGUUUGCAGAUGUUAAAGAAUGGGAAUAAAUUUUAUUUUUUAAUUUAUUUAGUUCAUAAAUAAAAAAGUUGUAUCAAUUUCAAUUCACGAUGAAAACUAAAUUAAAAAAGGAAAGACCAUUUCGAAAUAAAAUAAAAGUGAACAGUAGUGUAGACUCUGAUGACUUUGAACAAUCAAAAAAGUGGUAUGAGGAAAUACCAGAAGAACCAAGACAGUUUGAUAAAGUAACAGACGAGCUUCUAAUUACUUUAAAAGAUGAAGCUAAAAAAUGCUAUGAUAGUGACUCCUUAACUUACAGUUCAAAAAAUAGGAAAAGUAGCUCAGAUUAUCAAUGGAUUAAAACAAUAUUGUCAAAAGGGACUGCAUCUGAUAAAAUUGCUGCUUAUACUGUAUCAAUACAAGAUGAUCCCUUACAUAACUUAGAAAAUAUAAGAAAUUUAGUUAAUAUGGUUAAGGUAUCAAAGAAAGAAUGCAACCAACUAAUAGAAGUUUUAUCAGAGCUUUUUUUAAAUAACCUUCUUCAUCCUAGUAGAAAACUAAGACAAUUUCAAGAAAGACCAUUAAGUCUGUUAAACAAAUUGUCAUCUGGAAAUGCUAUUACCAGAAAAAAGUAUCUUUGUUAGUGGUAUUUUGGAGAUCAUUUGAAAAAAGCGUAUACAACUUAUGCAAUGUCUCUGAAUAAAAUUGCUCAUGAUACCGUAGAUGCUAAUAAAGAAAAGGCUAUAGGAGCUAUGUUUAAACUGUUAGCAGAGAAUGCUGAACAAGAAAAGAAUUUACUAGCUUAUAUUGUCAACAAACUUGGGGAUCCCUCUCAGAAAGUAGCCUCCAAAGCCAUAUAUUGUCUAACUCAAUUGUUACGAAAGCAUUUAAAUAUGCAAGGAGUAGUUUUAUUGGAAGUUGAAAAACUCCUUUUCAGGACAAACAUUUCAAAAAGGGCUCAAUAUUAUGCCCUUUGCUUUCUCUCUCAAUAUUACUUAAGUCAUGAUGAAAGUGAAAUAGCAAAGAGACUUAUAGAAGUUUAUUUUUCCUUUUUCAAAGCUUGUAUAAAACUGGGUGAUGUAGAUAGUCGCAUGAUGUCUGCUCUUUUGAUUGGUGUAAAUAGAGCCUAUCCAUAUGCAAAAUUAGAACUGAACAAAAUAUCUGAACAUGUUGAUGCAAUGUAUAAAAUUGUGCACAUUGCAACAUUUAAUGUAGCUCUAAAUGCACUUGCCUUACUGUAUCAGGUAUCAGAUUACUGUGAUGUUAUCAAUGACAGGUUUUAUACCGCUCUGUAUAAAAAGCUAUUAGAUCCUGAGAUUUGUCAAACUGCUCAUCAAGCAGUUUUAUUGAAUUUGAUUUAUAAAGCGCUCAAAAAAGACAAAGAGAAGAACAGAGUGAAAGUCUUUAUCAAAAGACUUUUACAGAUUGCCUUAUACAUGGUGCCAUCAAUGGCAUGUGGUGUGUUGUAUUUGGUGUCAAAUUUAAUUUAUGAAUCAUCUCUUCUAAAGGCAUUUGAAUUAAAGCACUGUAUUCUAAAUGAAGAAGACGACGAAGAAGAAAAAUACAUGGAUGUCAAGGAUCCCGAUGAGAAAGAAGUAGAAAAGGACCAAAUUGAAGAGGAAAUUAGUGAUAUUAACACCACAGAAAAAGAGAACAUUGAAGUAGAGAAAGACAUACAAGAUACAAAUAAUAGCGAUAUUCAAGAAACGAUUGAAAAAAGUAAAGCAGUUACAAGUUGGGUUUACCAAAAUAAAAGUUCCAAUAACAAGAUAAAAAAUGUAAUGAGUUACGACGGUUUCAAUCGUAAUCCAUUAUAUGCUGGAGGAGAAUUUUGUUCAUACUUGGAAUUAACUUUACUAGUUAACCAUUUUCACCCAACUGUAUCACUUUUCGCGAAACAAAUUUUAAAUGGCGAAGUAAUUAAAUAUAGUGGCGAUCCCUUGAAGGAUUUUACUUUGAUAAGGUUUUUGGAUCGUUUUGUGUUCAAAAAUCCAAAGAAAAUGGAAGAUAUGGAGAAAAAGGGAUGCCAUCCUACAUUUGGUAAACGGAACACUUAUUUGCCUAAAGGAAUCAAGUCGAUUUCAAUUAAAUCUGACUCAUACCUAAAUCAGAAUGAGAAAAAUAUACCUGUUGACGAGCGCUUCCUGUUCCUCUACCUUCAAAACAAAAAGAGCAAAAAACUGGAACGUGAAGAUAAAGAACAGGAAAGUGAUGUUGAAUCUGUAGGAAGCGAAGAAUUUGAAGAAAUGUUAGGGAAAAUGUCAGACUUCAAAGGAAUAGAUGAUGAUUUAGAUUAUAUGAAUGAUAUUGGGGAAAAUUUAAAAAAGAAAGGAAAAAAAAAUAAAGAUGAAGAUGAUUCAAAUGAUGAAGUUAAUUCAGAAGAUAAAAUGAGCGACGACGAUUUUGCAAAAGACGAUGAAGAUAUGGAUUUGGACGUUGAAGACUUAGAUGACGAUGAUAAAGAAUUAAUGGAUGGACUGUCGGAUGAUGAAGACGUAAGUGAUAUAGAAUUUAACUCUGAUGAUGAGGUUUCUAAAACUGAUAAAAAAUUAAAUAUGAAGAAAUUGAAGAACGAUAUAACAAAUAUAUUUGCGUCUGCUGACGAGUUUGCUUCAGUGUUGGAAGAAGAAGGAAGUUCAAAAAUAGCACCAGGUAGUGCUCAAGCUCUAUACAACAAAGAUAAUGCAGAUACGAAGCAAUUAACAUGGGAAGUAAAUAGGAAUCGCUGGAUUAAAGGUUUUGAUAAAUAUGUGGGAAAUAAGAGGAAAAAGCCGAACAAGUAUAAAAAGAGCAAAAUAUUGAAGAAACAAUAAAAUAUUAUUUUCGUUUCAAUCCUGUAAGAUACCAUGGUUUGUAUCUGUGAGUUAUCAGUUUCUCAGUUGGUUACUACAUUAAAGACCAUGUAGCUCUU